AAACAUUCGAAUAAAGUAAUUUUUUUUUAAUUCUAGCUAGCUAGAAUACUUUCAAAAUACGAUAGCUAUGCCUUGUCAUGGCAAAUUGGACAUCCUGAGCUACAAACUGUCAUCUUAUUGUUUGGCCCUUCGUCCAUGGACUUUUACCGCCUCCGUUACACCAGUCCUUCUUGGCACGGUCUUGGCCUACAAGCAUGCCCUCUUUCUCACCCCCUCAGCUUCUGCGCCUGACCAUUUUUCUGCCACCAUCUUAGCCCUGACGCUCUUAAUCUCACUAGCCACACAUGGAGCCGGAAAUCUCGUCAACUCAUACUACGACUUUCUUCUCGGAGUCGAUGCUCUCAAGGGACCCGCCGCUCGCGAUCGCACUCUCCUUGAUAGGGUUUUAGCUCCACCCGAGGUCGUAAACCUUGCAGGCUUCUUGUAUUUGGCGGCAUGCGCAGCCCUUCUCGCUCUUUGCCGUGUCUCACCUGCCCGCACUGAGCAUUUGGCCCUCCUCUUCUUCGGUGGCAUGUCCGGAUCUUUCCUCUACACUGGCGGAGGAGUUGGUCUAAAGUAUUUCGCAGGACUAGGCGAUUUGGUGGCCGCCCUCGUGUUUGGACCCGUAUGCGUUUCUUUUGGGUAUCUAGCUCACUCGGGUCGCCAUGCCUCUCUUCUUGAAGUCCCGCUUGUCUACUCUCUUCCGCUCUUUGCCGCCGCUAUUGCUGUCGCACACGCCGCAAACUCUGUUGACGCCUUUCUCUCUCCACCUCGAUCUCGUCAAAGGACGGUUACAUUUAAUACGCCACUUCAACUGCGUGUCACUACGUUUGCCCAUGUCAUAGGACCAAUUCUUUCGGCCUACCUUUAUGCCGCCGCACUAUUAUCACCCUACGCCAUGUUCCUAUAUUUAUCCAUAACUCGGCACAGCUUUUGGUUCCUUUUACCAAGCCUGACAUUAUUUAAAUCUUUGAGAUCUGUUAAACGAUUCUCCCAGAGUCUCAACGCCACUUCCGGUGCGGACUCACGUGAUUCUUAUUUUUUGAACGAAGUUAUUCGAAAAUUUGGGCUAUUAUUUUCGGUAUUUUCCAGUGUUUCGGAUUCCUAUUCUCUUUCCCCCACUCUCUCCAAUGGCAAGGCCACCGCUUAUCAUUCACGCGACUCUGGCGGGGAUCAUGGUUACCUCCCUUCUCCGCUACGUAUAUCAACAUUCAACGUCGAAAAUAUUCCGUACAAGACGGCCAAACUUAAUUUUGAAAUGGGGGUCUACUACGUGCUCGCUUGUUACUUAGCCCCAUCCAAGCACAUGUUUCAACAAAUGUGAGAUUUUCUCUAUCAAUUUCUAUUCUAUGACAUCUGGAGACAUAUACAUUUUAUUUCUACAUUAUUUGUAAUUUUUUUCUGUCAUUGACAUUGUUUAGCAGUGUAUUAUAUUACACGUUCCAGUAAAGGUAAGAAUAUUAUAUCAUCUAUACAUAUACAGUAAAAUCUGGAGACGAAAAAAUUACACUAAAACGUCUUAACUUAUAACUUUUUUUGAAUAUAUCGCUUUUUAAGAAUCCUUUUAUUAGUUAAUAUUAAUAGUAACUCUUUGCUUUUCUUCGAAUAUUAUAUAAAAUUUAUAUCCAUACUUUUUGAUGAUUAAAAUUGAGUUUCAGAAUCUAAUCAAAGAUCUCCUUCUUUCUAUUUUUUUUAAACUACCCCCUCGCUAAUUCAUUUUUAAAUAUCUUCUUCUACAAAUGCAAUUAAAUUUUUAUAAAAAGAAUCACAUUAUAAUAAAAUAUUUUUUUAAAUAUUGGUAUUUUUAAAAAAUAACCUUAUCUGUAAAAUAAAAUUCUAAAAAUUAUGUAUAACAAUGUAUUAUUUAAUUAUCAAAUAACGAUAUCUUAUGUAUAAGUAUAUUACAUAUUAACAAAUUAUUUUAAAUUGCGUUUAUACCUGUAUAAAAAAUAGCCGAACAAUGCACAGCAAGGUUGUCGUUAUUUAAUGUUUAAAUUUUGUUUAUAUAAAGGUCAUUAGUUUGUCAAUUUCACAGAGUUAUUUUUAAAAACAAAUUUCAAAAUUAUGAUUACGUGCAAUUCAUGUUGUUAAAAUAUUUAU